CCCAGUCGUAUUGGUAUCCGCUGCUGUGUAUCAACGCUUCAGCCCUCUCUAGGGCUCAUUGAUUCUUUCAGUUCAGCGAAGCGGCUGUCAGAGCUGCUCCAAACGGUUUCUAGGGCAUCGAUCGAUCAACCAAGAAGACGAUGGGACAUUCAAACGUGUGGAAUUCACAUCCAAAGAACUACGGACCCGGUUCUCGGACUUGCCGAGUCUGCGGGAACCCCCAUGGAUUGAUCCGCAAGUAUGGUCUGAUGUGCUGUAGGCAGUGCUUCCGUAGUAACGCCAAAGAAAUUGGCUUCAUUAAGUACCGCUGAAAAUGGAGGUCUUGUCUCCUGAGGUUGUGGAGAUGAGCAUGCUAGAGUUAUCUGCUUCUUCUUGGUGUGGGCCAUUUAUUAUCCAAGUAAAUUAUCAAAAGACUUCUGUUGCACUUUACUGCCAAUCUGCGUCUGUAGUGGGAUUGUUUGAGCCUGAUUCAGGCUUACAAAUCAUGUCUACACUUUUGAGUUAGUGGAAUCAAAGAAUAUGUUUGAAGUUUCUGCAGUGGCUGUAGCAGAAUGCAGCUGUGGUUAUAUUGUUUUAUUGGCUCUUUUAUGGCUGUA